AUGGAUGCACCAGUGCUGUAUGCUGAAUUACAUUUAGCCAAGACCCAAGGGCUCAGGAGUACAUCACCUCCAUCUCCCCAACAAGAUGCCUGUCGGGGACCAGGCUGGCACCGGGUGGCUCUGAAACUUGGCUGUGUUGGGCUGAUCCUUCUUCUGAUGGGACUCAGUGUCUUAGUGGGAUUCUUGGUGCAAAAACCACUAAUAGAAAAAUGCAGUGUGGCUGUUCAAGAGAACAAGACUGAACCAACAGUGAGAUCAACCAUUCUAGAGUGCCCAAGAGAUUGGCAUUUGCACUGGAAUAAAUGCUUAUUUAUUUCUCAAACUUCCAGACCUUGGGCUGAAGGUCUCGCUGACUGUUCUUUGAGAGGAGCCACUUUGCUGCUCAUUGGAGAUGGAAAAGAAUUGAAAUUAUUGCAGGACUUCUCAAAGGGAAAAGGACAACAAUUUUUUAUUGGACUAAAAUAUGUACAAGAGGACAAGGUUUGGAAGUGGAUGAAUGGUUCUAUUUUAAAUACUAAUCUAUUACGCAUCACUGGCAAGAAUGAAGAAAACAGCUGCGCCCUCAUCUCACACACAGAAGUGUUUUCAGAUUCUUGUUCUUCGGACAAUCAUUGGAUCUGCCAAAAGACCCUGAAACGUGUCUGAAACCCUGUGUCCUGACUCCUGAUUGUGAAUCUCAUCGCUAUUACUUCAAUAUUCACACCAGAUCUCUGUGUUGCACAUUUGUUGUUGGCCUGCCCUGUGCAGUUAGUGGCACAAAUUAUGGACUCCAAAACCCUGGUGACUCUUAUGGAUGCUCAUGUCCACUUUCUUUAUUGUAUAAAUGUAAAUGUACACAGACACAAAUGUGGCUUUCUAAGAGAGGAAUUCUAUAGAGGGAAACUCAGGUCAGCAGGGGCACUGGAGUCUGUAUACAUUUUGCUGAUCUCUGUGCCUGAGGUCAUCCACACACAGCUGCAGAAAAUUGUAAAAUCUGAA